CAUAACGGCUCCGAAACCGCCCACUCCUCCCCUCUACUGUAUCCAACCAUUCCACUCCGUCCCACUAUAUAACUCUCUUUCUCUCUCCCUCCAUAUCUGCCCCCAUCACUCUCUCUCUCUCCACCUCUCAAUUCUCUCUCUCUAAAAACAAUUGCUAUACCAUGUACACAACUAGUGAUCAUCAAAUGUUGCAGUGCCAGCCAAGACCUUUGGUGAUGGAAAGAAAGUGGAAGUCCAAUGCUGCUGAGAUAGCACCCAAUUGUCCAAGAUGUGCCUCCACAAACACAAAAUUCUGUUACUACAACAAUUACAGUUUCUCACAGCCUAGGUACUUCUGCAAAGGCUGCCGCAGGUACUGGACCAAAGGUGGUUCCCUCCGCAACGUCCCUGUCGGCGGUGGCUGCCGCAAAACCCGCCGUGCCAAGGCUUCCCGGUCCACCAUUACCUCUCACAGUCCCACCCCACUAGACCUACCCACCACCACAUCUACUGACCCAUCACCUUUGGUCCCCCCACCAGGUGGGUCAGAUAUUGAUCUAGCCGAUGUCUAUGCCAAGUUCUUGAACCAGAGUUCCAGUGUUGGAGAUUCACAAUCAACUCAGUUACUUGAUGAUGGGAUUCCUCCUCAGGUGUUUGAUCAGGUUCAAGGAGAAGAGGGGGUUCAUGGGUUUAUGGGUCAUGAUGAUCUGAAUUGUUUCGGAUCGGAAACUGUGCUUGUUGAUGAGUUGGGUCAAGAGCUUUUGUGGUCUGAAUCUGAUGCGAAUUUGCCAGUUUUUUCAACGGUGGAGGAGUUGCAAGAGUUUGGAUUAUUUUCAUCUGAUGAUGAUCAGUCCAAGAUUUCUGCAAACUUGAUUAGUGAUAAUAAUUGGAGCUUGUUCGAUUUACCAGCCGGCUUAUGAAAUUUGUUCAAG